UUGACCGGAAAAGAGUUGUUGGUGAAACAAGGCAUGUCUGUGAUUUGACCUAAAUACGUCUUAUCUUGCCUCUCGGUACUUUGGACCUACUUUCUCCACUUUCUUCGGAAUGGCGACUUGUGAUGAUGUGCGGGAGAAUGUUAAGAAAUACUAUGGCAAUCGACUGGAGUCCUCUUGUGAUUUGCAAACAAGUGCCGCUUCAUGCAGUUUGUCCUGCCGCCCAGUGCCAAAAAGUGUCACUGAAGCUUUGAGCCUCGUUCACCCAGAGGUAACCAAAAGAUUUUUUGGCUGUGGUCUUCCAUUUCCUGCGAAGCUUGAGGGCUGCAGAGUCCUGGACCUCGGCAGUGGCUCUGGCAGAGACUGUUUUGCCUUCAGUAAACUUGUUGGACCGAGUGGAUAUGUCACAGGGCUUGACAUGACAGAGGAGUUGAUUGCAGUGUCUCGGCAAUACAUUGAGUAUCAUCAACAGAAGUUUGGCUACAAGGAGCCCAAUGUCACCUUUGUCCAGGGAUAUAUGGAGAAGCUCAGUGAAGCAGGCGUACAAAGCAACUCAAUGGAUAUUUUGCUGUCAAACUGUGUGAUUUGCUUGUGUCCUGAUAAAAGAGCUGUGCUUCAGGAAGCAUUCAAUGUCCUCAAGGAGGGAGGGGAGCUGUACUACAGUGACAUGUACGCCAGCAAAGUUAUUCCUGAUCACAUGAAGGACGAUAUAGUUCUGUGGGGUGAAGGGAUGGGAGGGUCACUCUUUUGGCAAGACCUCAUUUCAUUGGCCCAGAGUGUGGGGUUCAGCACUCCACACUUGGUCACUGCAACUCAUAUUGUGGUCCAUAACAGUGAACUUAAAGAAAAAGCAGGUGAUAUCAGAUAUGCAUCAGGCACUUACAGGCUCUUUAAGAUGCCAAAAAAUCCAGUCAUGUCUAAAGCAAAAGUAACCUAUCAAGGAACUGUGGCAGAGUUCCCAGAUCAGUUGGACUUUGACUCAUGUCAUUCUUUCAAGAAAGAUGUUCCAGUGGAAGUAGAUGAAGAGAUGGCAGCAAUUCUCCAGAGUUCUCGAUUUUCCUCUGAUUUCAAGGUUGAGAUUUUGGACAAAGCUGACUCCAGUUCUGAGUCAUCAACACAGUACUGUCACCUGAACCCAUUCCUGCUGGCUGAUAAACUGGGAUCCUCAGUGAGACAAUGCUCCAAAACAGGCAAAUAAAGAGGCACCCGAAUCCACAAGAAACAAUACAAAGACCAUAGAAAGUAAUCUGUCAAAUUUUUUAUGUGCCUUUUCUGUAUUUACAGUAAGUUUUGUCGCUAGUCAGAUAAUUUGGGAAGAAUCUCAUGGUUAGAAUGUUGCCUACGUAUUGUGAUAAUAAAAA